GAUCGGGACUGAAAACAAUCGGUGAAUUAUGGGAAAGCGAGUUUGUAAGAGGAGCUCUCCAUUAUAAAGCAACGACGACAUGAACUCCAAGUCCCAGAAAGCGGGGAAAAACGAGGGCUGGCCGCAUGCGCCUUUUACGUGGGGGAGGUGAUAAAUUCACAAGCCCCAGUCCAUUCCGUAGCAGAAGCGAAAAGGAGUUUCCAACGGGUGGAAAUGUGCUCGGUUCUGUCAGGAAAGUCAGCUAGUCGCGGACGGAACAGAAAGAGUUAACAUAUAACAGACGUUUAAAGUAGCGCAACAGUAGACUUGGGAUAGACGGUGGGAGUGUACAGUUAUGGAGCUCAUUAAAAGCGACGCUGCUCCGGAGGCCGACGAUAGGGGUCGGCAGAGAGACGAAAAACAUCAGCAGCAGCGGCAGCAGCAGAAGAGCAGCUCAGAGAAACAAGUGCAGCGGAGUCAGCUGGAGGUCUGUCCGGGGCUCGUGCCUGGAGACCGCGGCCGGGAGAGAACUGAUCCCGAGCCCAAAGCCGGUGACUCUGCGGGCGACCAUGGCCUCCUGGUGGAAAAGGCGACGUCGAGGGAUGUGCAGAAUAAGAGGCAUCAGCCACCAGGCUGUCCUGGAGCAACCUCCCACCCCCAUGGAGCACCGGAUGGCCGCCAGGGCAAGAAGAAGCACCGGCGGCGACCGUCCAAGAAGAAGAGGCGCUGGAAGCCGUACUUUAUGCUGACCUGGGAGGAGAGGAAGGAGCUGGACGAGCGGGAGACGGCGCGGGCGUCAAGGAUUAGAGCAGAGAUGUUCGCUAAGGGUCUGCCCGUGGCGCCGUACAACACCACGCAGUUCCUGAUGGAGGAGCACGACCGAGAGGAGCCUGACCUCAACACCGAGCUCUGCGGCCGCUUCGAGGACUCUGCGAGUGAGGACGAUGCUGCCGCCGCCGAAGACGAGGACAUGGAGACCCUGCUGGAAGAAGAGGAAGGAGAGGGAAGCGACGGCAUGGGGUGGCCGGGCCACGCGGUAAGAGGUGGUGGGGGAGCGGCCGCGGCGGCAGCAGCAGCAGCGGCGGCAGCAGCUGGAGGCGCAGGCAGCGGUAGCGGAGGAGAGUUUCUGCAGCGGGACUUUUGUGAGACGUACGAGCGCUACCACGUGGAGACGCUGCAGAACAUGUCCAAGCAGGAGCUGGUCAGGGAGUACCUGGAGCUGGAGAAGUGCAUGUCGCGCCUCGAGGAGGAAAAUAACCGGCUGUUGCGGCGCGCGCGCCGGAGCGCGGGAGGGGUUGGUGGUGGCGGUUCUGGUAGUGGGACCGAAGCAGCAGCAGCAGCAACAACAACAACAGCAGCAGCGGGCGAAGGGGAAGGAGGAGAAGGCAUCGAGAGCGCGCAGCAGCGCGUGCGCGAGUUGGAGAGCGAGGUGGAGAAACUGAAGGCGCUGAACGGAGAGCUUCUGCUGAACCAGCAGCAGGGACUGAACGGUUCUGCAGCGGUAGAGCCAGAGCCCGAGAACGAGAAGCAGUGAUGGACAGAGAAAAAAAAAAAAUGUGGAGAAAAUGUUCGGUUUCUGUUUUUAAUCGUCCACUCAUUCAUCGGAGUCAUUGUCUUAACUGUAAGCUGCGGUAGCUUUAAUAUGUGAUGCGCUUUUCAGCCAGACUGGAAAAAACAACAAAAAAUAAAAAGGAGGUAAAUUUGUUUUCGUACCAAGUUUUUUAAUAUUACAGUUGUACGUGCGGUCCUAUACAGUUGGUCAGUUUGUUGUAACAUAGUUUAGUUUUUUUUUUUCACACGUAAUUUCAAUUUGCUAAAGACGCUUUUAGAGAUGGUGGUCAGCGCGAGGAACAGAUGUUACUUUAAACACGCUGUUGUGCUAAAACGUGAGCUUUUCUCACACAGCUGAAAGGCCUGUUUUAAGUUGACAGUAAACAUUUUCAUGAAUGUCCGAGUGCUUUUCGUCUCGAUCCGUUAUUGGAGAUAAAAAAAAUACCAAGAGCUUAUUUGGCGUUUUGCUGCUGGUGCACCUGAUAUUCCUGCUUUCAACUGUUAAUGCAUGACCAAGGCAGUAUGUAAUAAAACUGGAAAAGUCCUGUUUUCCUCCAAA